CGUACAAGUUCGAAAGCAGCAGCGACCAAGCGAAAAUCAUAAGAAAAAAAUAUUGAAAAAAAAAACACCAAAAUAUAAAUACAAAAGGCAAACAGUGAAAGUGUCUGGCAAAAUAAAUGAGCAGCUUAACAAUUUAACGGAAAUUGUGUGCGGAAUUGAAAAUAAAAUUUACCGUUAACUUGUGUUUGAAGGACUUCAAACACAGUGCAGCGGAGAUCAACAGCAUUAAUUGAGUGGAAAACCAAAAACCGCACAAAGUGGCAACACAACGGGCAUAUUAAAUAGAAAUACGCUUGUUUACAAAUAUAACGGUAAACAUUAUAAAUGUGCUACAGUGGAAGUUGAACUAACGUUGCUUUUUUUAUUGAAAAACUUGUUUUGGAAAAUCCGCGUAGUUUGGCAGUUCUUAAGUUCUUAAGAAAAUUGCAACUUUUCAAUAACAACAACAGUGUUUGUUGUUUACAAAAGCAACAAGCAAGCUUAAGCAUAACAACCACACAGUUACAGUUAGCGGGUCGCCAUUGAGGAAGGAAGUGCUGCAACAUUUUUGCGCGCGGAAAUUGCCUAAAUACUUUUGCACCAAUUAGAGCGCCAGCAAAGCGCAUAAAACCAUUUGCAUAUUUGACUGCGGCGAAACACAGCAAAACGUUAGCCUGGAUUAAAAAAUACAACAAAAACAACAAGUAAACACAUUUGGCAACUGCUGUUGGCGGAGAAGACAACAUUUUGGCAGUAAAUAUUUGUGAACGAACGACAAGUGACAGCAGCCAACAGACAAAAACAGCAACAACAAACAGUCGUGCUUGGCAUUUUGUUGCUUGUUUGAAGGGAGAAUUAUAAAAUAGAGAAGGCGGGAUAGAAGAGAUAGAAGAUAAAACGGGAGAGAAGGGUGGCAAACACUCCAGAAAACGCUAAAAGUCAAUAUUUUAGAGGACAAAAAGACGAAAGUAAAGCAAAUAGGAGGAAAAACAAAGAAGUCAGCGUGACGAGCUUUAAACUCACACACACGCACGCAAACAAAGCGCCGUUGAAUGCAAAUAUUAGUGUUAUAAAACAUUGUGUGCACGCCUCACAGCUUUCGCUGGCAAUACAUGCGAGUGUGUGUGUUUAUAAUUGUAUGUAUGUGUGCGCUAUUCCCCCGGCAGCAGAGCAGCUCUUAAGGCGAAUCAAGCAGAACACUCUGUCAUUGUUGUAAAUUAUCCAGCGGAUAUUUAAUACACACAAGAUGUUGCAAAAAGCGCCUUAAAGCGUGCUAAAGAAACAGCAGAAAGCCGCAGUGACAGCGCGACAAUUGAGCCAGAGCAGGCUUGAUUGCUAAAACAACAACUACAAAGCGGUGGCUGCUUGAUUUAUAGCAACGCGCCGCGAAAUACGAGCGCCACAGUACAACAACAACAAGCGCGACAGCACAUUAAGUACAUUUGGUGCAGCCACAGAACACGACAACAAAAAAAAAAAACAAGAAAACAACAACAAAAAAAGCAAGAAAACAACAACAACAAAACGAGAAUCGUGUAGCGCUGAGCUCAAACGAAAAUCACCCGAAGUCAUAAAGCGCACAAGCAGCGCCGCGCUGAGCCGAAAAGUGCCCAAACGAGUUGCUGCUUCGACACAAGCAAAGUAAGAAAAGCGGCAAAGUAGAGCUUUGCUUAUCAGAAGCGUGUAAAUUAUAGUUGAACACACUCGCGCAUCAUUCUGGUAUUGCAGCAAUUGUGACACAAUUUGGGUUGCAGUUGUCACACCACUUGCUCGCGAAACCCUCACCUGUAGUGCAACAAUAUACUUGAGCGCCGCUGCGAGUGCGCUGUAAACACCCUUUGGCUUUUGGAAUUUGCACACGUCUUCACGCGCCAGCUUUACUCGCAUAGCAAUUGCCGCUUACGACGCCAAGAUGCGCGGCCGCCACCUACGCAGACGUUUCAGCUUGCAGCCGUCCUUUAUGAAGGAUGACAGCUCGGAGGAUAAACCGAAACGCGACAAAGUUGGGCGCAACAAUGCCGUGGAUGACGCCAUUGGACCCGCUAACGCACGUCACAAAAUCGUUGUUAUGGGUGCGGCCAAAGUGGGCAAAACUUCCAUAAUCACACAAUUUCUGUACAACACAUUCACCACGAAAUACAAAAGGACCAUCGAGGAAAUGCAUCAAGGCAACUUUUCAAUUGCCGGCGUUAGCCUGACGCUGGACAUUCUAGAUACGGCCGGCUCCUAUGAGUUUCCUGCAAUGCGCGCGCUCUCCAUCUCAUCGGCGGAUGCAUUCAUUCUGGUGUAUGAUGUCACCGAUGCGUCCACAUUCGAGGAGGUGCGCAUGAUACGCGAUCAAAUACACGAGACCAAAGCGACCACAGCUGUGCCCAUUGUGGUGGUGGGCAAUAAAAUUGACCUAGUUGCCGAGAAGGAGGACGCCAGGAAGGUUGAAUAUGCCACCACUGAAUCGGUGGUCACUCUAGACUGGGAGAAUGGCUUUGUCGAAGCGUCUGCGGCGAAGAAUGAAAACAUCACACAGGUCUUCAAAGAGCUGCUAUCACAGGCGAAAAUCACGUACAAUCUGAGUCCAGCACUGCGGCGCCGACGACAAUCGUUGCCACAGCAAGUGGGCAAUAAUGGAGCGGGCACGCCCACCCAUCACCAUCAUCCAUCACAUGCAGCCAACACGUCGGCAGCGGGCAGUGCACACGGCUCCACAUUGCCAUCGCAUGCGCCAACAGCCGCGCAAAUACAACAUUUGCAGAGGAUACAGGAGCGGAGCUUGGGCAGCAAACGGAAUUCGUGCACAAUAUCCUAAAGUCAAUAUGCAGCAGCGAUGGGAGCGGCCGUGGCAGUGACGAACUACUGAAGAAAUGCACAUUUAUCUGCAAAUGCAUACAUACAUACACACAAAUAGGUAAAUAAAGACUCGCCCAUACACUAAGCGACAAUUGAAGGUUUUCAGUCACAAGUAAAUAUUAGAAUUAAAUUUCAUUCCCGUUUUUUGUUUGUUAGUUCAUUUCUUCUUCUUCUUUAUUGGCGUAGACACCGUUUACGCGGUUAAAGCCGAGUUUACAACAGCAAGGCUAUUUUCAUAUUUUGGGGUUGUUUUCUACGUGACGUUUUCUUAACCCAGCAUACAACCCUGGAAAGGGAUUUUUUGCCUUCAAACGGAUUCUUUUUGGAUACCCAGAGGAUACUUUUGUAAGACCGGAAGUCGUG